UGCUCGCUGCGUCCACUCACAGACAGCCCUUAUCUCCCACGGCUCCCUGCUGUCGACAGCAUCAGAGAUACCCCCCACACAGAUACCCACCGCAAGAGAGCCCGGGAGAUCAUGAAGCUGAAGCUGCCCAACCCAGGCCUGGAGGACAGGAUCCUGAACCACGAUGAGCUGGAACGGCUGGAGGUGGAGGAGGCCGGAGAUAGACCCAAGUGGGACAACAAGGCCCAGUACAUGCUGACCUGCGUGGGAUUCUGUGUGGGUUUGGGAAACGUCUGGCGCUUCCCCUACCUGUGCCAGAGCCAUGGAGGAGGGGCAUUCAUGAUCCCCUUCCUAAUCCUACUGGUCUUUGAGGGAAUCCCUCUUCUCCAUCUGGAGUUUGCCAUCGGUCAGCGGCUAAGGAAAGGAAGCGUUGGGGUCUGGAGAACUAUUAACCCCUACAUGCUCGGAGUCGGCAUUGCAUCGAUGUGUGUGUCCUUUCUGGUCAGUCUGUAUUAUAACACCAUCAUAGCCUGGGUCAUGUGGUACUUCUUCAACUCCUUCCAGGAGCCCCUGCCUUGGAGCCAGUGUCCCGUCAAUGCCAACAGGACAGGACUGGUUUCGGAGUGCGAGGGGAGCUCGCCUGUGGAUUAUUUCUGGUAUCGUGAGACUCUGAACACCUCGGCGGCUAUAGAUGAGACCGGAGGUCUGCAGUGGUGGAUGAUCCUCUGUCUGAUCUCGGCCUGGGGGGUGCUGUACGUCUGCUGCAUCCGAGGAAUAGAGACCACCGGAAAGGCUGUUUAUGUGACCUCUACGUUGCCGUAUCUAGUUCUCACGAUCUUCCUGAUCAGAGGACUGACUCUGAAAGGAUCCGUGGAUGGCAUUAAGUUCCUCUUCACUCCGGAUAUAAACGAGUUAGCAAACCCAGCCACGUGGUUAGAUGCAGGUGCACAAGUGUUUUAUUCAUUUUCGCUGGCUUUUGGAGGUCUCAUCUCUUUCUCCAGCUACAACUCUGUGCACAAUAACUGUGAGCAGGAUGCAGUAAUCAUCUCUGUCAUUAACGCCUUUACCUCGAUCUACGCUGCCACUGUCAUCUACAGCAUCAUUGGUUUCAGAGCUACAGAGAGAUUUGAUGACUGUCUGAGCGGGAAUAUCUUGACUCUUCUGAACACAUUUGAUCUGCCGGAAGCAAACAUCACGCAGAGCAACUAUCAAGAAGUUCUCCAAAGCCUUAACAGUACAAGCCCUGAUAUAAUCAGCAACCUCAAUCUUAAGACCUGUGAUCUAAACAACUUCCUCAGUGAGGGUGUAGAAGGGACGGGUCUGGCCUUCAUUGUGUUCACCGAGGCAAUCACCAAGAUGCCACUGUCUCCGCUCUGGUCCGUCCUGUUCUUCAUCAUGCUCUUCUGCCUCGGCCUGUCCUCCAUGUUUGGCAACAUUGAGGGUGUUCUGGUUCCCCUGCAGGACCUGAAGGUCUUUCCCAGAAGCUGGCCCAAAGAGGUCAUUUCAGGGGUAACGUGCUUGGUGUGCUGCCUGGUUGGGCUGAUAUUUGUGCAGGGCUCGGGGAACUAUUGGCUAGCUCUGUUUGACAGCUUUGCCGGAUCGAUUCCUCUUCUCAUCAUUGCUUUCUCUGAGAUGAUUGGAGUUGUGUAUGUCUAUGGGAUAGACAGGUUCAAUGAAGACCUGGUAUUUAUGAUUGGACAUAAGCCUAACAUUUUCUGGCAAGCCACAUGGAGAUUUAUUAGUCCCCUCAUCAUGUUAGCCAUCUUCAUCUUCUACUUCUCCACCAUCGUCACCAAAGAAAUCUUCUACAGUGCUUGGGACCCUGAAUCGGAAAACUUUCCAACCCUAGAGAAGAAGCCAUAUCCAUCGUGGAUCUAUGUCAUAAUCUUUCUCCUGGCUGGGAUCCCUAGUUUGGCCGUUCCCGGCACUGCUGUUUUCAGAGCCAUACGAGAACACUGCUGCAGGAAACAUCCCAGUGCCCAGGUUCAAGAGACUGAUUCCGUAUCGUAUAAAGUUCAUAUACAGGAUGAAGAGCUGAAGCCAGAAAUGUCAGAGAAAUCUGACCAAAAGUUCCACACGUGAGAUCCAGUUCAUAGUUUUGUAUUUGAAGUUUUAAAAAAUGCCUUUUCCAGAAGUGCUGGAAUUUAACUACUGGAUUUUUGCCAUUGUGCCUCAAAAAUAUUUUGUACAAAUAUUUGUCCAAAAUUUAGUGGUUCCAGCUUUUGUGUUUCAAAUUUCCAUAACAAAGUAAUUUUUACUAAAAGUGUAUGGUUAAAGUAAAAUAUCAAUUAAGGCUCAUCACUAUAUAUAUAUAUAUAUAUAUAU